CCUGCAUGUUCAUGUAUCCAUCCACAGACACCAGGUAUCCUUUAUACUCCAUGCCCCACUUCAGCUUCACCAUCACGGGCUUUCCUGUCAGGCCGUUCAGGAAGGGCUUUGGGUUCAGAGGUAAACUCUGAGGAGACAAGACACCUUAUUAUGAUCACAUAUGGAUGGAAACCCAAAUCUAACCUUUCCUGGUUGAGAUCAUCAUUUGGAGGAAGUGGGCUUUGUUGCGGAGGCCAGUCGGAUCAUUCCAGUCUGAUGCCAAACAGCUCUUUGAAGUCUGCAGAGGAGAGCGGAGAGACUGAAGUAAACGCUGAAUGGAUGAACUGCAGGAAGUGAAAGGCAUGGGACUCACAAAUCUCCCUGAGUGUGUGCAGAAGUCCGGACGACUUCUGAGGAUGAGUAUAUCUGUGAGGUCUUAAAGUCACCACAUGGGUUUUUCAGUUUGUGGCCUGUAGAAGUCCUGGACUACACUCUGUUCUGUGCUGCAUGAAAAUAAAACAUCUGAAGAGUUAAACUCGCUGAGAGAGUUGCAGAAAGGUAUCCAGGACCGGCACAAAGAGAACAAAGCGACCAGAUCAUUGUUGACAAAGUUGAUAUCAGAAGUGCAGAAGCACCACCCCUUCUUGAUUCUGAGUGGUCAGUGAUGGAGAAGUGACACUGACAACAGCAGUGAUGUUCCAAAAAUGUCUGUCGGAGGUGUUCCGUGCGGGCGUGGCCCCUCGCUGCGAGAGCCGCGCCUGCAACCCUCGCAUGGGUAACCUGGCUCUGGGACGCCGCGUCCUCACGCAGACCGUCUGCGGCAACAACGGCACCGAGCUCUACUGCUCCUACUCCGACCCCAACGUCAACCUGGCCUGCGACGCCGCCCAGUGCGCCAAAUGCAACGCCGGCCUGCCUCACCUGUCCCACCUGGCCGGAUCCAUGUCCGACUCCUCCUUCAGGCACCCGAACACCUGGUGGCAGUCGGCGGAAGGGGUGGAGUCUGAGACGGUGCAGCUGGACCUGGAGGCGGAGUUUUACUUCACACAUCUCAUCCUGGUGUUUCAGUCUCCGAGGCCUGCCGCCAUGACUCUGGAGAGAUCUCAGGACUUUGGGAGGUCGUGGAAGAUGCUGCAGUACUUUGCCAGCAACUGCAGCGCCACCUUCAGGCUGGAGGAGGGAGAGACAGAAGGGGGCCGGGACGGGGCCACCUGCACGUCCAAAUACUCAGGGGCUUAUCCCUGCAACCGAGGAGAGGUGAUCUACAGAACCCUCCCAAAGUGGGAGUCCUUGGACCCGUUCGGGUUGGAGGGCCAGCAGCAGCUCAGGGUGACCAACAUCAGAAUCCGGCUGCUGAAACGACAGCCGUGUCCCUGCCAGGCCAAAGACCCCGCCUCCGCACACGAAGAGCUUCCCACCCGACACUUCGCCAUCUACGACCUGAUCGUGAAGGGGAGCUGCUUCUGUAACGGACACGCCGAGCAGUGCGUUCCCGCGCGGGGGUACCAGCCCAUCAGGGACCGGACCAACCAUGUGGUCCACGGGAAGUGUGUGUGCAGACACAACACUGCAGGUGAUCACUGCGAGCACUGCGCUCCUCUCUACAACGACAGACCCUGGCAGCCCGCUGACGGACUGACGGGAGCGCCGCACGAAUGUCGGAAGUGCAAAUGUAACGGACACGCUCAGAGCUGCCGUUUUGAUUGGUCGGCAUGGCGUGAGUCCGGUCAGCGCAGCGGCGGCGUGUGUGACUGUCUGCACAACACUGAAGGAAGUCAGUGUGAGAAGUGCAAGGCCGGCUUCUUCAGGGACCACCAGAGACCUCCAACCGCCCCCGACUCCUGCAAACCGUGCAGCUGUCACCCCCUCGGCUCGAUGCCUUUCCACCUCGCUGACGGCUCCCUCUGCGACCCGUCCAACGGAAACUGCAUCUGCAAACCUGGAGUGGGAGGAGCUCACUGCGACAGGUGCAUGGUGGGAUACUGGGGCUUCCACGAGUACGGCUGCCGUCCGUGUGACUGUGCCGGAGACUGUGAUCCGUUCACUGGAGACUGCAUGUCAGGAUCUGAUCUGGACCUGUACAACUUAGAGGGAAACUCCAGUGAGCCGGUCCGGAUCUUCAGAGUAGACGAACUCUUCUCUGCCCUCCACUACUCAGAGAAGUGUGAGUGCAAAGAGCAGGCCCUGACCAACAGUAAACUCUUCUGCACCAUGAAUUAUGCAUACGUCAUGAAGGUGAAGGUGCUGUCGGCACACGAUAAGGGUUCCCACGCCGAGGUGGAGGUCAAAGUUCAGAAGGUGCUCAGUCAGAACACAAAGGUGAAGAUACAGCGGGGUCGGGUCACCCUCUACCCCGAGUCCUGGACCGCGAGGGGAUGCACCUGUCCAAUCCUGAACCCAGGGGUGGAGUACCUCGUGGCGGGACACUCGGACCGUAAGCAGGGCCGCCUCCUGGUCAACAUGAAGAGCUUCGUGAAGCCCUGGAAAGCCAGCUUGGGUCGCAAAGUCCUCCUGCUACUCAAGAAAGACUGCAACUGGUAGACUGUCCGUCAGCGCGCUGGAGGACUGAGGGACACACGGACAGAAGAGACUGUUAUUCUAAGAGACAGAGAGUUUGUUUUCAUGUCCUCCAGUCGUGGAUCUGGUCUGGGAGCGAGUGUAGCGGCUGGACUCUGAUGAUUGAAGCUGCUUCUUUCAUAUUCCUGCUAUCGUCCAAUCAGAGCGAGCGGAUUAAAGCACACGAGACGAUAUUUUGUAAAGACUAAAGAAUGAAUCUCUUCCUCUCUGCUGCACUUUAGCCGAAGAUGGACUGAGGGAAUAAGGACACACAAAGAGAGGAGGACUUCACACACACACUCAAAAUGACCCCCUGACAUGGACCGUGGAUGGAGCACGACCAUUCCCUGAUUUGCUCCACACACACACACAGCUGUUUGUGUGUGUGUGUGUGUAUGUGUGUGUGUGUGUGUGCUGCAGACGUAAUGUGCAAAGCACUUGGAGUGACGCUGAACAAGCCAUACAAGCCACUACAGGUGGUUAAACCUUAGCCAGUCCAGGUGUGCCUGUGUUGAAAUCAGAGUGAAUGGGAUUUACCCCGAACGUGAAUGUAUUUGCUUGUUUUUCAAAUGUGUGUGUGUGUUAGUGUGUGUGUAAGUGUGUGUGUGAAACAAAGAAAGAGUGCCUGAAUGCAGAGGUUUAUAUGAGCACAGUCCAGAUUCCGGCUCUUUCUGUAGGUUUGUAUUCACUUUUUAAAAAAACAGCCGUUCCAAUCUUUCUGCUGCAGCGUUUAUUGAUCAUCUCAUAUUCCAGUUAAAUCCAGAACAUUCUGUUAUCCUUCCUUUGUGCUCUUGUACAGUAUUAUUUGUAUAUAUCUAUAUAAAUAUUAUGUUCCUCUUUC